AUGGAAUGGUUACAGCAGCUACCUUCCCCUGAGCACCUUGAACAGGUGAAUGGGGAAACUAGGAUUACGCUUGGGGCUAACCGCACAGGCGCACUGCCCCUGUGUGGCCCAAACUCUCCACAGACCCUGGACACAGCAGCUGAUAUCAUAUGGACUGCACAGGAGGUGGAGGCAGUGGGCUCUGACUUUGGAGACCUGCUGGGGGUUGUUGAGGGCAGUGGGGCGGAGAGGUCGAGGUCCCCCAUCUCGAUGGUAUCAAGGAAUGGGACUGGCAGCCAACAGAAUGGAGGGGAAGAGGAGAGACUGGAGAAGGUGAAGACCAGCCACAGCAGACAAGACAGUCCAGCUGCUGCUACCAACUACACAGGUAAGAGUACAUUUAAAUACAUGUGGCGUUGGUUAUAUUCGAAAUAAGACGCUAAGCGGGAGGUGAUGUGCUUCACUGUAAUGUUUUGGACUUAUAGUGAAUACAUCAGCAGAGCAUAUGGGUACGUCCUGGUCCAAGAUCAGUUUUAGCUGUCUUGUUGCAAACUGCUAUUGUCGUUGGCACAAACAGAUUUGGGUUGAGGUGAGGGUGAUACGAGUCUGUACAAGAAUGUCCUCCUAUUAAUCGUCGUGAUGCUCAGAUGGGUGUUGUGUGUGUGUGUCUCUCUCUGUGUGUCAGACCUGUCUCGCACGUCAUCUGCCUCACUGUCAGAGCAGCUGUGUUUGGGCCGGGACGAGGCCACCGGCCCUGGGAUCAACGUGGAGUGUAGGAUCUGUGGGGACAAAGCUUCAGCGUUUCACUACGGUGUGCAUGCUUGCGAGGGCUGCAAGGUGAGAGCGAUUCCGCCGAUCUACCAAUGGGUCUUCUUCAUCAGAAAAACAUUAGCCUAAUGUUCUUAGGUCUUAAAUCUUGGAGGUUUUGGCAUGGCUGCUAACAUCCUCAACCAGAGCUUAGCUUGAGUUUAGUUUGUGUCCUGUGUGGCAGCAUUCCAGCCAUUGAAGUUAGUUAACCUGAAACUCAAGUUCAUUGACCACCUCUGUCUGUGUGUGUAUCAUGUGGUCCAGGGCUUCUUCCGGCGGACCCUUCGGUUGAGGCUGGAGUAUGAGCGCUGUGAGAGAGCCUGUAUGAUCCUGAAGAAAAACCGUAACAAGUGCCAAUACUGUCGCUUCCAGAAGUGCCUAGCCCUUGGCAUGUCACAUGAUGGUGAGAAUAGGACUGACACUGGUGGGAAAGUUUGAAUAUGAUACUUUGACACAUUACAAGCUGCUUAAUGUAACAAUUUCAUUACCUAGUUACCAGUAUUUCAAUAUUCUCAAUAACACAUCUUGUUUUUCUUCUCAGGCAUAUUUACUUACAUUCACACACGCAUCAUUUGGGUUAUAUAGAUCAACAUUGACUGUUUAUUUUUUGUACUUUAAUGCUAUCCUGUCUGUUUCCCCAGCGAUCCGUUAUGGGCGUAUGCCGGAGGCUGAGAAGAAGCUUAUGGCUGGCCUGCUAGCUGAGGAGCUAGAUACCCAACACCCUGGAGGCUUGGACCUCAAGACCCUUACUAAACAGGUGUACCAAGCCUACCUGCAGAACCUCAUCAUGACCAAGAAGAAGGCCCGCAGUAUCCUCACCGGCAAGACCAGCUGCACAUCGGUAAAAAUAAAAUAGUGUUUGUCACAUGAGCCGACUACAACUGGCGUAGACCUGCUUGCUUACGAGCCCUUCCCAACUAUGCAGAGUUUUAAAAUAAAAUAGUAACACGAGAAAUAAAAACGCAUAAAUGGAGCUAUUACCAGAUCAAUGUGCAGAGGUAUGAGGUAGAUAUGUACAUGAAGGCAGGGUAAAGUGACUAGGCAUCAGGAUAGAUAAUAAGGUAUUUGAGGUAGAUAUGUACAUGAAGGCAGGGUAAAGUGACUAGGCAUCAGGAUAGAUAAUAAGGUAUUUGAGGUAGAUAUGUACAUGAAGGCAGGGUAAAGUGACUAGGCAUCAGGAUAGAUAAUAAGGUAUUUGAGGUAGAUAUGUACAUGAAGGCAGGGAACUAGGCAUCAGGAUAGAUAAUAAUAAUAAGGUAUUUGAGGUAGAUAUGUACAUGAAGGCAGGGUAAAGUGACUAGGCGUCAGGAUAGAUAAUAAUAAUAAGGUAUUUGAGGUAGAUAUGUACAUGAAGGCAGGGAACUAGGCAUCAGGAUAGAUAAUAAUAAGGUAUUUGAGGUAGAUAUGUACAUGAAGGCAGGGUAAAGUGACUAGGCGUCAGGAUAGACAAUAAUAAGGUAUUUGAGGUAGCUAUGUACAUGAAGGCAGGGUAAAGUGACUAGGCAUCAGGAUAGAUAAUAAUAAGGUAUUUGAGGUAGAUAUGUACAUUAAGGCAGGGUAAAGUGACUAGGCAUCAGGAUAGAUAAUAAUAAGAUAUUUGAGGUAGAUAUGUAGAUGAAGGCAGGGUAAAGUGACUAGGCAUCAGGAUAGAUAAUAAGGUAUUUGAGGUAGAUAUGUACAUGAAGGCAGGGUAAAGUGACUAGGCAUCAGGAUAGAUAAUAAUAAGGUAUUUGAGGUAGAUAUGUACAUGAAGGCAGGGUAAAGUGACUAGGCAUCAGGAUAGAUAAUAAUAAGGUAUUUGAGGUAGAUAUGUACAUGAAGGCAGGGUAAAGUGACUAGGCAUCAGGAUAGAUAAUAAUAAGGUAUUUGAGGUAGAUAUGUACAUGAAGGCAGGGUAAAGUGACUAGGCAUCAGGAUAGAUAUAAAUAAUAAUAAUAAUAAUAAGAGUAAAAUAAAGAACAGAGUAGCAGAAGCAAAUGAGUGUAAAAGUGUGUAUAAUGUGUAUGUACAUUGCAUUCGGAAAGUAGUCAGACCUCUUGACUUUUUCCAUCGUUUGUUACGUUACAGCCUUAUUUUAAAAUUGAUUUAAAUUGCUUUUUUCCCUCCUCAACCUACACACAAUACCUCAUAAUGACAAAGCAAAAACAGGUUUUUAGAAAUGUUAGCAAAUGUAUAAAAAAAAAAAAUGGAAAUAUUACAUUUGCAUAAGUAUUCAGGCCCUUUACUCAGUGCUUUGUUGAAGCACCUUUGGUUGCGAUUACAGCCUUGAGUCUUCUUGGGUAUGACACUACAAGCUUGGCACACCUGUAUUUGGGGAGUUUCUCCCAUUCUUCUCUGAAGAUCCUCUCAAGCUCUGUCAGGUUGGAAAGGGCGAGUCGAUGCACAGCUAUUUUCAGGUCUCUCCAGAGAUGUUCGAUCAGGUUCAAGUCCGGACUCUGGCUGGGCCACUCAAGGACAUUCAGAGACUUGUCCCAAAGCCACUCCUGCAUUGUCUUGGCUGUGUGCUUAGGGUCGUUGUCCUGUUGGAAGGUGAACCUUCGCCAUAGUCUGAGGUGCUGAGCGCUCUGGAGCAGGUUUUCAUCAAGGAUCUCUCCGUACUUCGCUCCGUUCAUCUUUCCCUUGAUCCUGACAAGUCUUCCAGUCCCUGCCGCUGAAAAACAUCCCCACAGCAUGAUGCUGCCACAAUGCUUCACCGUAGGGAUGGUGAAAGGUUUCCUCCAGACGUUAUCCUUUGCAUUCAGGCCAAAGAGUUCAAUCUUGGUUUCAUCAGACCAGAGAAUCUUGUUUCUCAUGGUCUGAGAGUCUUUAGGUGCCUUUUGUCAAACUCCAAGUGGGCUGUCGUGCCUUUUACUGAGGAGUGGCUUCCGUCUGGCCACUUUACCAUAAAGGACUGAUUGGUGGAGUGCUGCAGAGAUGGUUGUCCUUCUGGAAGGUUCUCCCAUCUCCACAGAAGAACUCUGGAGCUCUGUCAGAGUGACCAUCGGGUUCUUGGUCACCUCCCUGACCAAGGCCCUUCUCCCCUGAUUGCUCAGUUUGGCCGGGUGGCCAGCUCUAGGAAGAGUCUUGGUGGUUCCAAACUUCUUUCAUUUAAGAAUGAUGGAGGCCACUGUGUUCUUGGGGACCUUUAAUGCUGCAGAAAUGUUUUGGUACACUUCCCCAGAUCUGUGUCUCGACACAAUCGUGUCUCGGAGCUCUACGGACAAUUCCUUCGACCUCAUGGCUUGGUUUUUGCUCUGACAUGGACUGUCAACUGUGGAGCCUUUAUAUAGACCGGUGAGUUUAUUUCUAAAUCAUGUCCAAACAAUUGAAUUGGCCACAGGUGGACUCCAAUCAAGUUGUAGUUACAUCUCAAUUUGGAGUGUCACGGCAAUGAGAUUUCUGUAUUUCAUUUUCAAUAAAUGUGUUCAAAUUUCUAAAUAUGUUUUAACUUUGUCAUUCUGGGGCAUUGUGUGUAGAUUGGUGAGGAGGGAUAAUCUAUUUUAAAUUCAGGCUGUAACACAAGAAAAUGUGUAAGUCAAGGUGCCUGUACAGUAUUACUUUAGUGCAUUGUUGCAAACGAUGCAUGUUUUGGAAUAUUUGUAUUCUGUACAGGCUUCAUUGUUUUCACUCUGUCAAUUAGGUUAGUAUUGUGGAGUAUCUACAAUGUUGUUGAUCCAUUCUCAGUUUUCUCCUAUCACAGCCAUUAUACUCUUAACUGUUUUAAAGUCACCAUUGGCCUCAUUGUGAAAUACCUGCGCGGUUUCCUUCCUCUUUGGCAACGAAGUUAGGAAGUAUGCCUGUAUCUUUUGUAGUGACUGGAUGUAUUGAUACACCAUCCAAAGUGUAAUUAAUAACUUUACCUCAUCUCAUCCCUUUGAGCAUGGUUGUCAUUCAAAAAUCAUGUUAAACACUAUUAUUGCACAUAGUGAGUCCAUGCAACUUUUGUGACUUGUUAAGCAAAUUAUUACUCCUGAACUUAUUUAUGCUUACCAUAACAAAGGGGUUGAAUAUCUAUUGACUUAAGACAUUUCAGCUUUUCAUUUUUUAAUUAAUUUGUACACAUUUCUAAAAACACAAUUCCACUUUGAUAUUAUGUGAGUGUGUGUGUAGGCCAGUGACAAUAUCUCAAUUUAAUCAAUUUUAAAUUCAGGCUAACACAACAAAAUGUGGAAAAGGUUAAGGGGUGUCAAUACUCUGAAGACACUGUAUGUUUAUGGUCACAACUCAAAACAACCCCUCUGAGUUUUGAUGAUGGGGAUGUUUUUUAUGGUUGCACCAAUCUAGAUGACUGUUACUAGUAACCUCAUGCAAAAGUUUAGUGGCUUAUUUGAAAAGGGUAUUUGUAGAGCUCUGACGUUUACAGACUGCCUCUCAUCAAUCUGUUUUUCAUAAUGAUUUUAACUUGACGUGAACACUUACAUAUAGAUGUUUUUGUCUAUCCUGAGACCUAUAACAAGCUAAAGAGUUUUAUAAGAGGAACAUUAAAGAUGAAUGCUUUCUCUCUGUCCCCUCAGACAUUUGUGAUCCAUGAUGUGGACACCCUGUGGCAGGCAGAGAGUGGUUUAGUAUGGGACCAGUUAGUCCCGGGUGCGCCCCUCACCAAGGAGAUAGGGGUACACGUGUUCUACCGCUGUCAGUGCACCACGGUGGAGACC